AUGCCGUCGCAAGGCUCUUACACCCCAUACGAGACUUUGAGGCUCUGCCAGCUGAUAUGCCAAUAUGGAGAUGAUCAGGAGGCCUUCGACACCAUAUCGAAGGAGCUCGGCGAGAGUGACCUGGUCCGCGAAUGCGACACCUACGAUGCUGAACGACUGACCGUGGAUGCGCUGCAAGAAUUGUACACUAAUCUUACACGUCUAGAGAAAGGCGCCUCACCAAGAGUCAAUGGUGAUGCCGCGUCCGACGCGCCUGCUUCUAGAAAGCGAAAGGCUUCCACUUCGCCUCAGCCGAACGGAGUGGACUCCGAAGGCCAGCUCCAGGCUCUUGUUGACAAGCUAUAUGCGAAAUUUAGGGAGCAGAUAAUCAGCGAAAUCAGAAGAGAUGAAGAGGAAUAUCAGCGACUGCAACAGGAGAUCGCAGAGCUGGAGAAGGCGGAGUCUGUGGAUAAUGGGUCACCUGCGCCUGUAACAGCUCAGCAGCAGGCUCCUCAUGGCCAAUCCAGCACCGGGCAGUCGUCUAUCAAUCCUGAGAGGCAGCCGGCGGUCGCUCCGACCCCAGGCCCUCUGUCAGCCCAGCCUACACCACCACCUGGCUUCGCACCUCAUCCGCCUACCAUGACUUCUCACACCCAACAGCAGCAAAUAGGUGCUCCAUAUGGAAUGCAUGCACCUUCGCCAGUGCCUGGUAGACCAAGUGGGCCUCCGCCGCCAGCUCAUGCCCAGGUCGGAUAUCCGCCACCACCCAUGGACAGACAGCAGUCGCCAUAUCAGCAACCCUAUCCGCCGUACCCACAGACUGCUCCGAUCCAGUACCAGCCUCUGCCUCAGGGCUGGCAGUCUCCGGCACACUCGCCUUAUCCACAGCCUCAUUCGGCAUUCUCAACCCCUGGUCAAUUUGUAGCACGGGGAUCGAUACAGAGAACACCUGGCUCUUCGACACCGUGGAAACGUCGAUCAGUACCACCUCCUAACAGUCAGCGCCCGCCUAGUCCCGUCCGGCCAGAACGAUCAAUCAGUCCUGUGAGUGACACAGAAUCGAGUGAUAAGCCACGGCGAGCUUCAACAAAGCCUGCGCAAAAGGCGGCGACGCCAAAACGAGAAGGCCCGCCUCCUCGGAGAGGUCGCCCACCAGGUACUGCGGCGUCUAGGAGAUCCCAAUCGGUCGCAUCUCAAGUCUCCGAGGCGCCUGUGGGCGAUGUUGAGCGGAAGGCUAUCCCGGUCAAGAUCGAGGCACCGAACACGCCUCAGCCUAGCAACAUCGAAGUCGAACAGCGCUCCUCGGGGCGUAGAGGCAAUCUGCGGAACAGCGUCUCGUUGACGGCAGCGCAGUCUGAAUCAUUACGGCCUGCCACCAACAAGCGAAAGCGGUCCGCGACAGUGCAAGAAUCUGAAAGUCCGCCUACAGAUAGGCAAGCCCACAAAGCCGCCUCGUAUUCCGAUGACCCCUCGCUCGUGCUUGUAUCGAAGAGUUUCGCAAAGACUGCUCAAUUGGUACUCAACGAAAUAAAUUCGCACAAGCUUGGAGGAGUCUUCGCCAAGCCACUCACCGAACGCGACGCGCCCGGGUAUAAAGAUCUGAUCCUGCGCCCACAAGACCUCAAAAGCAUCAAGACAGCCGUCAGCAAAGGUUCGCGCGCCGCUGUCGCGGCCAUUGAAGCACUCGACCUGCCUGAAGAUGAAAACAACGAUAACAUCACCGAUAGCAGAGACGCUGAAGGUCAACGCGCAGUAGACAACGGGUUCUACCUGAUCAAAAAGUCCGAUGAUCUCGAACCACCAAAAGGCAUUGUCAACGCCGCGCAGCUCGAGAUGGAGUUGAUGCGUAUGUUUGCCAAUGCGAUCAUGUUCAAUCCCCUUCCGCGCACCGAGCGCGGUUUUGGUUACAACCUGCGGCUGCGCAAACGCGGCGGCGAUAUUUCCCACCGCGACCGUGAUCGCGACCACAUCCCAGAAUCCCAGCUUGCCGGCGGGAAGGCAGAAGAAGACGAGGAUGACCCCGAUCAAGAAGACUCCGAGCCUAGCGAAGAUCUCGAUGCCGCCGAAUACACCGGCAUCAUCGCCGACGCGCGCGAGAUGUUCGAAGACGUGCGGAAGCAGGUCGAGGCUUGGCGCGAGCUAGAGAAUGAGCGGCGUGGAGUCGAGCAUAACUCUGCGACUGGCGGAGGCGGGAGCUUCAAACAAGAUCAUCUUAGGCAGGGCAGCGUUAGUAGCAUCCCAGGUGGUGGUGAUGAACAUUCUGGGGUGGGCACCAGCAGUAGCACGCCGGUCGCUUCGAAAGAGAAGGAGGUGCCAACGCCAGUGGAAGAGGGCAGGGGCACGCUACGGAAGCGAAGAAAAUUGGCCGCAAAUGCUGGUGACUAA